GUUUGAAAUAUUCAAUAUGGCGGACAAAAGUCAGGGAACAAUGAAAGCGUUGGUGAAAGAAGCGGAAGGUACCUCAUAUAAAUACAUGGAUUAUCCCGUAUCAGAGCCAGGCGAAGGAGAAUUACUUGUCAAAGUUACUAAAGUAUCAAUUUGUGGUUCUGAUCUUAAUUUAUAUUUUUGGAAUGAAGUUGCAAGAAAGAUUGCAAAGGUUCCGUUUAUCCCAGGCCAUGAAUGUGUUGGAGAGAUUGUCAAGGUGGGACCAGGUUGUUCUGACUCAUUUAGAGUCGGUCUUCGAGUCUGCUGUGAGAAUCACUAUUUCUGUGGAAAGUGCUAUCAGUGUCUACAUGGUCAAGAAAAUAUUUGCCAAAAUUUAAAGCAAUAUGGCCAUGGAAAGGGCACAAUCCAUGGAGGGUGCUGCCAAUAUACCAUUAUUCCCUCUCGUUACGCUUAUGUUUUAAAGACAGAUAUUUCAGACAACGCCGCUUGUCUGUUGGAACCAUUUGGAGUUUCGCAUUUAGCAAUGGAAAAGCUUGAACCAACUAACGAGACUGUUCUAAUUCAAGGAUGUGGUCCAAUAGGUCUGAUGGCAACGGGGAUUGCAAAGGCAAUGGGUGCGAAAAAAAUCAUUGUCACGGACGUUAUCGAAUGUAGGCUGGAGUUAGCCAGGAGAAUGGGUGCCAACGUUCUGGUGAAUGGUAGACAUGACAAUCUUGCUGAAGUGGUUUUUAGGGAAACAAAUGGCGAUGGAGUUGGCAGGAUACUUGAAGCAAGCGGGAACGCCGACUUGAUGAACAAUUGUUUCAAAUUACUUAGGAAAGGAGGUGUAGUGGUGCUCGUUGGAUUAACCAAGAAAGCACUUCAUGUUGACGAGUUUCUUCAAGACAUUUUGUUUAAAUCUUUGACCAUAAAAACUCUUCACGGACGAAACAUUUUCUCAACAUGGGAGAAGGCUGAGAAGAUGUUGCAUCAAAAAGAAGUCGACAUCGAUGCGGUAAUAUCUCACAUUAUUCCUCUUAGCAAGUUUGAACAGGCAUUCGAGUUGUUGCUUUCUGGAAAAGCAUGUAAGAUUUUAAUGGAUCCACAAGAAUAACAUUUCAUGUUAUUACAUAACAUUUUUACCAUAUAUAAUUUAUUUGAAUGACACUGGAAAAUUUUCGAAAAUCCAAGGCAUCGAAAUUGCAUUGAGAAUACACGGGCACUUUAUACAGUUGCCAUGAAGAGGAAACUGUAAGUUUUGUCUUUUUAACGUUGUAUUUCCUAUACCAAUUCCAUAUUAUCCAUCCAGCUUGGUAAAUGCACAAAGUCAGAGUUUUUUGAGUGGCGCUUAUGUGGGUUCUAUUAUGCUAUUGUCUUUACCACGAAGCCUCGCUUUUGUGUAAAAAAAAAUAUUGCAUUAAAGUGUGGCUUAGUGCUAAAGACAAUAAUCUAAAGGCUCUGUUACACGGUGCAAUUUUCAUGCAACUUGCAACACAAUUCUACUUUUGAGUUUAGUACAAUUCAAAGUAAUGGACCGCUGAAACUUCUUCUCAGCUAAUCACUGAGCUCCAUUUCACCGGAAGUGACGCUUGCCAUAUAAUCAUUGAACUCCAAUAAGACUGGUGUUUUAUAAUGACAAAUCAGUUCAUUCCAUACGUCAGAAGCGCAUUGGAUCCGACAAAGUUAGAUCAUGUCAUUCAUGUGAACGGAAAACUUAAAAUGACUGAACAAUUUCUUUUGUAGAAUUUAGUUAACGUUGUUCUUUUUACGUUGUAAGAUUUCCAAAUAGGAUAACACGAAUAAUGACAUCACAUUGCAUAAUGAGUUUUUAAAAAAUCAGUUGUCUUGAAGAACAAUGACACAACAUAUCCUCUAACAAUUACUCUUGUAAACAGUGCAUGCAUGUGUGAAUUCAUAACUGGUUAAGGGCGUAAACCUUGUUUUUAGUUUUUCAAGUUGAAAUAUUAUUUUCUAUUUGAACUUAUUAUACGGUGUGGUGUCAUUAGUUGUGUUAUUUGGAGAUGUUACAAAGUUCAUUAUCUUACAGAAAGAAGAACAUUAAAAUAAUUGCACAAAAGACGUUUUUCAGGCUUUCUUUACAUUGCAACCAUAAAAAUCACGGGUGAAAUGAAAUUGGAAACUAGUUUCAUAUUAGUUCCGACUAUUUUCUUUCAAGAGUUAGCCCUGACACACUCUAUGAAUUGUUUUGUAAGACUUUGAUCUAAGCUUAUUUCAAAUAUUGAACUUCAUUUUCCAGCUGUUUGCACCUCAAGUGCUCGGCCAUAAUGUAAUCUUUGUAACGGAAUGUACAGCUGAUUCAAUAAACGUCGUUUUCUGACAACUUG